CAGAGGUGGAUUUGUAGAUCAUUGGCCAUGGGAAAUCGGGUGGUUGGGUAUACCUUUGGGGAGGCUGGGGAUGUACUCAAUUUGCCCAGCAACGCCUUUUCUUUCCCACUCCAUUGUUUGCCCACCUUCUCAUCUCUCCCUACUUUUCUGUCCAUCGCUACUUUACACAUUCCAUCGGUUUUUGUACCUUCUCAACAUUCUUAGUACUCUGUCGACCUCAACGUGGUGAUCAACCGUACUGUAGAUCGCCAACGGGGGUAUACUUCCAAUCCACCACCACAGCAAGCCAGCAUUGGAAGUCCAGCAUUCCCAACAAGCACUGUGCAAUCCGAUCUUUCAGACGUCGAUUACAUUCCUCGAAGGCAUAGCAUCCAUACCAGCAAGUUGCAAGCGUUGCCACGCUCAACUCCAACCAUGCGGCCCUGCUUCGGUGCCCCAGUGCUAUCGAUGCUUGUGGUCCUCUACUUGAUUCCGAUCGCGAUCGCCUCGCCAUUCGCCUUUAACGAAAACCCCCUUGAAAAGCGAUGUUCGAAUCCCUGCGGUUGGAAUGACCAGAUCUGCUGUAGUGCCAGCCAAGCCUGCUCCACCAACUCGGCCAACCAAGCAGUCUGCAUUGACAGCUCGAGCGGUACCUGGGAAUACUACACCACGACCAUCAUCGUGACUGAGGUGGACAAGUCAACCAUUACCUCUGUUUGGAGCACUCAUAUUCAAACCGCCACAGCCACGGCCACGGGAACCUGUCGUGUCGAUCUGGGCGAGUCAACAUGCGGGACUACUUGCUGUGAUGCCGCACAGGAGUGCCAGGAUGGCGUCUGUGUCGCCGAGAGUUCUUCUGUUGCAGUGACCGGUGCCGAAGCUACCCCUGGCGUCCGAGGAACGAGUAGCGGUGCCAGCACCGUGACGCAGACCUCCGCUCCAACUACCACAGAGGCAUUCAUCGCCCCCGUUGGCACGGACGGCGCCACGCUGAUUGGCGUCAAAGCCACCAGCAGCGGAGGACUGAGUGGUGGUGCCAUUGCCGGAAUUGUCAUUGGCGUGAUCGCCGGUGUGUUUAUAUUGUUACUUCUGUGUGCCUGCGUGUGCUUCAAGGGAGCUCUAGAAGGCCUCCUUGCAGCUCUGGGUCUCCGCAAGCGCCGCAGACAGGAAACCACCGUGAUCGAGGAACGCUAUUCCCACCAUUCGCACGGCAGUCGGCCACCACCUCCCAGACGUACUUGGUUCGGUACGAAGCCAGCCGCUGCGGGAACGGAUAGUGAAAUCAGUGAGAAAAAGUCCGGUUCUAAAUGGGCGAAGAUUGCGAUUAUCCUGGGUGCUCUGGCAUUGUGCCUGGGAUUGAAGAGACGCAGAGAUCAGGAGCAUGACGAUGAUGAUAAGACGAGUUACACGUACCCGAGUUCGUACUAUUACUACUCGGACUAUACACGCAGUAGCCAAAGCUCUGGUGGACGGACACGCGAUACACGACGGUCCCGUCGGUCUCGCAGAAGCUCACGACGUUGAUGAGAGUCCAGAUUGAGGAGAGAGUACCCAACGCAACAACUUGGCUGCGUUCGUCCUCUCUUGUCUUCUUCCGACUUCUUGAAAUACGAAUGAUUUAUGCAUGAAAAAGGCGCCGGCGUGCGAUGUUAUUAUGAUUUAUGUACCAUUAUGACCAACCCAUGUUUUCUGUUUAUGGGUGUGAUGAUAUUGCGUUGCCUUUCUCCAAUGUUAAUAUAAACUUGGAACGUUGGAUGUGGAUUUGUUUUUUGGGGGGGUCACGCUUACCGGGCAAAUUCCUGUCCGAGCACAAUACGAUAUAAAUGUGAGGUAUGAGUACGCCAUAACCCUUUAUCCGCAAUUUUAGAAUCGGCAGGAUCUCAUUUUCAGGCAUCCUUUCCCCCAUAUAAUCUACGCA